UAAACCCUUACGGCCUAGUUUGGUUCCCGACCGAAACCAUUUCACACUCUCUCAGCUCAGCCUUCAUUUCAAAGCACACUCUCAUAGUCAAAACAUCAAACAUCUUCUCUACAACCAUAAAAAUCAAAGAUGCAGAGAUUCAAAUCUCUGCUUCCACAAACUCGCUUCUCAUCUCGCACUCUCUCUUCUCAUCCUCGUUCUUUCUCUGCUCUACCAAAUUACGCUCAACGCAAUGACGAAGAAGAAGAUUCCCAAAACCAGAUUUUGGUUGAAGGAAGAGCGAAAUCGCGUGCAGCCAUUCUCAACAGGCCAGCUUCUUUGAACGCGCUUACUACUUCAAUGGUUGCUAGGUUGAAGAGGCUUUACGAUUCAUGGGAAGAAAACUCUGAUAUUGGUUUUGUUCUAAUGAAGGGUAGAGGCAGCGCUUUCUGUUCUGGUGCAGAUGUUGUUAGGCUGUAUCACUCGCUCAAUGAAGGAAAGGCUGAAGAAGCUAAAGAGUUUUUCAAAACAUUAUAUUCAUUUGUAUAUCUUCAAGGGACAUAUCUUAAACCACAUGUUUCUAUUUUGGAUGGAAGGACAAUGGGCUGUGGAUCUGGGAUUUCUCUUCCAGGAAUGUUCCGUGUGGUGACUGAUAAAACUAUUUUUUCUCACCCAGAGGCUCAAAUAGGCUUCCACCCUGAUGCUGGAGCUUCUUACCUUUUGUCUCGUCUACCUGGCUACUUAGGGGAAUACUUGGCUCUUACAGGAGAUAAGCUUAAUGGUGUAGAAAUGAUUGCUUGCAACCUUGCUACACAUUAUUCACUAAAUGCAAGGCUUGCUUGGCUUGAAGAACGCCUUGGUAAAUUGGUCACAGACGAUCCAUCUGUUGUAGAGGCAUCUCUAUCACAAUAUGGUGAUCUUGUUUUUCCCGACAGAAGUAGCGUCCUUUACAAGUUUGAUAUUAUUGAUAGAUGUUUCAGUCAUGAUACAGUGGAGGAAAUUGUUGAAGCUUUGGAGAAGGAGGCAGUUGAGUCUUCAGAUGAGUGGUGUUUGACAACUCUUCGGAAAAUAAGAGAAGCGUCCCCAUUGAGUUUGAAAGUUAUUUUGCGAUCUAUACGGGAAGGUAGAUUUGAAACUCUUGAUCAAUGUCUUGUACGGGAGUACCGUGUAUCCGUUCAGACAAUUUCCAAGAAUGUUUCCUCUGAUUUCGUUGAGGGUGUUCGAGCACGAAUGGUUGAUAAAGAUUUUGCACCCAAGUGGGAUCCACCAACUUUAAAAGAUGUAUCAGAGGACAUGGUUGACCAUUAUUUCUCUCCUCCGUUAAACGAACUUGAGCCAGAACUGGUGCUGCCUACAGCAUUGCGAGAACCUUACAUGUGAAACUGUCAUGCUUGCCUCUCAUCAAUGCUUGUCACUAGCAAGAGUAAACCAAAUAAGUUCUAAUUUGUUUUCAAAUUUCACAUAUCUUUGUUGUAAUAGCUGAAAGAAAAAUGUAGAAAUCGCACUUUUGUUUUUUGUGAGGGGUGCUUAAAUUAUUCCCAGGCUUUCUUUGAAAUGUAGAUUAUCCAAUUUGCUCGAUCACCACUGCGUCAAUUUGUUAGCAAUCUCUGUUUUCAAUCAUGAAACUUAAUAGUUUAUUGUUAUACAUUUUAACUAA